AUGGGAAUAGGGUAUAUUUUCUCGAAGCCGUCGUGUGGAGCACGCCACGUGUUACGUGUAUAUAAACGUGCUGAGGUUAGGGUUCAAACAAAGAGGAUGAAGCUGGUACCUUUCUCGUGUGGAGGUAAGGCGCAGAAUGUGUCUGCUGAUCCGGUUAAACUGGUCUACAAGGGACAAGUGCUUGAGCUGCCAAUUUCUUCCGAUUUGCCCUACCCCAAAGUUGAGUUCAAAGAUGGCGGGAGAGCCUGGUGCUUAAGCCCUGAAGACGUUCUCACCAAUUUCCAGCUUGAGAAUUUUGGGAUCGUACAGAAGGCAGGGCAUAUCCUGAAACCGGACUCAGUGCUGCAGGCAAAGCUGGAACAAGUUAGGAUUUACGGGGCGGGUGACUUCACAAGGGAGAAUUAUAAAGCCGGCCAAACCAGCAACGAAGCAGAGCAGGACGAAGAAGAAGAAAAGGAAAGCUUCGAUUUGGAGCCAGAUGAGGAAAGUUCAAAUCAACAAGUCGGGAAAUUGGAGGUGAUACUUCCUGGGACAUACACUGGAGGUGAAGUUGUGAUCACCUCUUGUCAAGGGAAGAAGCAUGUGUCGGCGGCCACAAAUGAAAGUACGACGUUCAGGUGGGUGGGUUUUACAACCGAUGCCGCCUCUGUUGAGGUGAGAGAGGUGAAGUCAGGUUAUAGAGUUUCACUCAUCUACAAGCUCUACAAGGCAACUUGGGAGGCAGAGGUGGACUCUUUCCCACAGGGUAUCUUGAAAUCGAUCCAAGAGGCUGCUGCUAAUUUGAAGGACAAGGAGAAAUUGGUAUAUGCAUGUGUCCAUGACUAUCUAUGCACACACCAGCAUGUUCUGAAAGAUGAGUAUGAGGAUGUGACCUACGAUGAUGUUGUUCCGUUGCUAAAAGGUUCAGAUUCCAGCGUUUACCAUGCAAUGAAGGAUGCAGGCCUUCAAGUUAAGCUGUGUGGCCUUGCCGAAUUCGGGUCAGAGACUUCAGACAAGAUACGCUAUGGGUUACAUAAUGGUUUUCCUGGCCUCCAGAUGAUACAAGAGCACUUUGAUUUUAAUUAUGAGGACAGAGGCAUUUCUGAGUAUGCAGGGGAAGAGUGUCGAGCUGUGGUACCGCGGUUCCUUCAUAAGGAUGAGUCGAGAGGGAUCUACACGGAUGGUUGGGGAGCUUUUGAAAUGGUGGAUCAUAAACGAGGGUAUAUGAACUAUGUGAAGAAACGAAUGGUCUUAACUGGGGAGGAAAGCUCAAGGGAUGAUGCAGCAAAAAAGGCCAAAAUGAGCUAG